AUGAAAUCAUUUAAUUCAUUUCUGAAAUUACUUCACAUCUAAUGGGAAUAAAUAUGUAGUGAUGAUAUUUCAGAUUCAGUUAGAGAUAAACUAAAAUAAUCUCUAUAAAAUUAAUCUGUUUUAGAAUCAAGGUUCAUUUCGUUAUCAAAAUCGAAAAGUGAAAAUCCAUAAGAAUAUGAAAGCUUUUUUGCUUAAGAGAGAGACUCUCCAUUCUUUUCAACUUAUUUACUAAUAUGUACUGUUAUCAAAGAAUACUAUUUAUAAACUGAUAACAUGUUAAGUGAAUUGUCACCAAGUCUAUAAAGCUCAAGUUCAACAUAAUAAUAGAUAACUAUUGAAUCAAUCAUAGACUGUAUGGAUAAUCUACUUUAUGAGUAUGAAAAAUUAACAGAGAUCAAUUCAAUUGUGAGAUAAGUCAUAUUUGAAGUAUUUUAUUAGGUUGGAGGAAAUGUCACAAUUUUUAUAAAGAAUUUGAUGUUAAACAAUGAUGAGUAGAUUCAUUCUUAAAAAUACAUAAAGGCAUUUAUGAAUUUAUAAAAACUCUUAAAAUUGAAUAUAAAUCUAAAUUUCAAGGAAAAACAAAAGAUACUGCCUUUUAUUUAUUAAAUGUUAUUAGGAAAUACUCUAUAUUUUGCUUAUAUAAAUGAGAUUGAUUUUUAGAAUUUCAUAGACAUUUUUUAGUUAUUUUAAUAAUGUUUUUUAGAAAACUCAAAGUAAUUAUAAGAAUUAAGUGAUAUUGAAUAAUUUUAGGAGGUAACAUUUUGCUAAGUUUAUUCAUAAUGUUUAAAAUAAAAUUAUCAAUUAUAAUAAUAUACUUAGUUUUUAUAAUCAAAUGUAUCUAAAUGGGUUGAAUAGAUUAAAGAGUUUAAUGAUGUCAAUUACUAUUUGAUUUUCAUAUAUUUGAUUUAAGUAACAGAAUUUGUUGAUAUUAUCAAUUUUCAACCAGAAAUUAUAUAAACAAGAAAUCAAUAAAUUAUUAAUUUAAUAAAAUAAAAGAAUCAUAGAGUUGUUGGUUAUUUAUUUAAUCAAAUAUUAUCUAAUCCAAAAUUAAAAAGUUAUUUAUAAAUAUUUGAUGAUAUUUUCUAAAAUUAAAAUCAUGAUAUUAAAUUAAUAUAUUAUAAAUUAAUAGGAGAAUAACUUUUAUAAAUAAACAACACUUAAAUUAUAGAUUAAUACCUUUGCAUUCAUAUAAAUGGAUUAAAGGAAUUUCUAAAUGUCAAUAAUCUAAGUACUUAAUAACUUAUACAAUUUAUAACAUAUUUAUGCAAAUAUUAUAAUUAAUUUAAUGAAGAUUAAAAAAAAGAAUUUGAUUCUUUACUUAUUAAAUUUUAUUCUCAAGAAAUCAAAGAUGAAUAAUAUUACAAAAAAUUUGAUAUCAAAAUCUUAUAAUUACUAGAAGAUUAAUAAAUUUAUUCAUAAAUUAUUGAUAUUGCUAUUAAAAAUUCAUCCAAAAGCAAAUAACACAGUUAUGGAUUCUUAGUUUUCAUCUAAGAUGUAAAUUAAUUUUUUAUUAUGUUAGUCUAUUUAAUAGAAUUCUGAAGACUUACAACAUAUUUUAAAAUAUAUUCAUUUUUUAAUGGGAUCUUGUAAGAGAAACAAUAAAGGUUAGAAUAAAAAAAGUAUUAAUUAUAAGAAAGGAAAAGGCACAAGAAUACUCGACUUUUUAUUAUCAAAUAUGAGAAUUUUUAUAACAAUAGUGAAGAGUGUUUAUGAUCUUAUGAUCAAAGAAUCUAAUAUGACAGUUAGAGAACAAUAAUGUAAAAUAUAUAUAGAGAUUUAUCAUAAAAUCACAUAUAUCAUAUACUUAAUAUAUUGGUUAAUUGAAGAUAAAAGUAUAUUAAAUUCAGGAGGCAUUUAAUAAAUUAGUUUAGAAUUAUGUUAAAUUCACUAUAAAUUUACUAUCAACUUAAUAGUUAUUCUUCAAAAAACUAAUAAUCUACAAUCAAGUAUUAUUUAUUAAAUAAUUAAUAAUAUCAAUUCUAUUGCUCAUGGAUGUGAUUAUAUUAAUUAUAUUAAGGAUAAUUAUUUUGAUAAGAAUGAUAAUUUAAUAAAUGCUUAGGAUGUAUUUGAAUAAUUAAAUGAAAAAAGAGUUCAAUUAAAAUUAAUAUUUAAUAAAUUUUAUGAAACAAGUCUAAGUAUAUUAUUUGAAGUGCCAUAUAUUACAAUAGAUAGAAGAUUUUAUUUAUAAAUAUUGAGAUUUCAAUUAAAAACAUAGAUUUCACUUGUGCUUUCAUUUACAGAUUUCUGUCCUAAAUUUAUUUUCUAUUUUAGAAUUGAAAGAGACCCUGAGAUUAUCAAUUUAAUGAAAUAAUGUGCAAUUAUUGUAGUUUCAUUAAAUUAAGAUCCUUAAAUAAUAAAAUAAUUAUUUGAAACAUUAAGUUAUCAUUAAUCUACAAUAUUAAUGAAUGAUCUUGAUGAAAUUUAAUUAGAUGCCAAUGAUUAAGAUGAAAUUUAAUAAGCAUAUAGAUUAGCAAACUUAUCACCUUAUAGAAUUCCUUUAUUAUUAUAAAGUAGUUUAUUAUUAAGAUUGGUUGAUGAUAAAAAUUAUUAUAUUAAAGUUGUUAAAAUAAUAUUAGAGAUUUUUCUAUAAGUUUAUUAAUAAUGGUAAGAAAUUUUGUAAUCUUUGUAAAAAUAAUCAAAUCUAUUAUAUUUUUAAGGAGGAUCAUCAUCAAUUUAGAUAAAUAUGAAUCCUUUACCAAUAUAAUAAAUUGAAGUAAGAAUGAAAUUAAGAUUAAUUAUGUAAGAGAAUGAAAUAGUAAGUAUGUAAUACUUAGAUAGAAUGAGUUUUGGAUCAUUUUUAGUUAAUUCUGAAUAUGUUGGAAAAUUAAUAAUAUUUACAUUAUGUUUUACAAAAAAUCAAGAAAUUCAAAUUGCAAUUAAUAAAUAGAAAUUUAUUAUAAUUUAUAAAUCUGAUGAAACUGAUUAAGAAGAAGGUAUUUAAACCAAUUUUGAUUUAUCAUAAUGGUUUAAUUUGAAUUUUUACAUAAAAAAUAGUCAAUAAAUGAUACUUGAAAUUAAUGAAUAAAGAUUUUCUUUAUAAUUAAAAUUGCCAUAAAUUCAAACUUUUUAACUUAAUUAAUUUGUUUUGGGAGUUACAUUAAAUUUUGACAUAGAAUAAACAUAGCAGAUGAAUAAAAAAUAAAAAUUUUAAACAUAAUUCAUUGAUUCAUUUAUAUUUUUGAAUUAAUCCUUUGAUGGACAAAUAUCAGAAUUUAAUUUGAUAAUAAACGAUUAAAAAAUCAAAUUUGAAUAAUCUAGUAAUACAAAUCUUUAGAAAUAAACAAAAAACUUUAUAAAUUCAGGUGUCAUAAUUGAAGAGGAAAUAGAAUUUGAUGAUAUAUUUUUGAUAACUCCUUGUAGACAAAUUCAACCUAUUAUGUGCAGUUAGAAUGUUUAUAUUUUGGAUAUGAAAAAAGGACUUGAUUUCAUAUAAAAAUCUGGAGGUUACAAUAUAUUUUACAUGGUAUUAGAUGUUUUAUAUGCUGUAUAUGAAAAUACUAAUUUAAGUGAUUCUGAAGAGAUUUUGAUUUUAAUUUUGAAAUUGUUAGAGGAAGAUAUAUAAAGAUAAAGUUCUUAAAUAUCUAGAUUUGUUGAUUCCAGAAAUCUAUAAAUUUUUGAGGAGCAUUGUAAAUAAUGGAUUUAAAUAAAUUAAAGAAUUUCAGAUGAAUUUAUAAAAUAAUUGUUAUCAAUAUAUUAAAAAAUAGGAGAUGAGAAAGCAUCUAUAUUGUAUCUGUUGACUGUUAUAAAAAUAUUAGAUAAUAAAAUAACUACUGUUGAAUAAAUGAAAUUGAUAUUUUAGUCAAUAGUAAUCUAGAAAGUACUUAAGUCAGAAAAUUUAAUUUAAUUUAUUAAUGUUUAACUAUAUUUUGAAAGUAGAUAAUUAUUUACAUAAAUCUCAUUAAUAAAAGCUUAACCUUUCAUCAAUAUUGAAUCAAAUAAUUUAUUUUCACAUUCCUUAACUAAAUGUAUUUAAUAUUAAGGAGUUGUGCGCACAGCAGAUUUUAAUCGAAUUUCUGAAUUUUUUAAUUUGUUAUUAAGUUAAGAACAGUUUAAUUUAUUUACUUUAGAUAUAUUAUAAAUAAUAGAGAUAUUGAUAAUUGAUUUAAUGAAAUAAAAGAACAAAUUAAGAUCAGAAGAAGAAAAUAUAUUAAAUAAUUAUAAAAAGAACAUAGUAUAAAUUUUAGAUAAGUAAAAUAAAUUCAAUACAAUAAAUUAAUAUUUUAUGUAUGAAUCAGAAGUAUUUGACAAAUUAUAUGAAUUAACUUUUUCAAUUUAUGUAUCAAUAGUAUAAAAACUGAGACUUAAUUAAAAAAAGGAUUCUGAGUUAGGAUCAUUAUAAAUUUAUUAUGAUUAUUUUUCACCUUAGACAUAAACAGAAGUUGGAUAAUUUUUUAUUUCAAAAAUAUUAUCAUUAAUAAGUUAAAAUGAAAAGGAUGAGUGUUUAGUUCAUCAACUAUUGAAAUUUUUGAAUUAAUUAUAUUCAAAUUAAUAAAUAAAAGAUACUAUGAAAGAAACUUUAACAAUUUACUUUUUGGAUGUAUUUAAGAAUGUUGUAUUAAGAAAAUAGUAAUCAGACAUUUUAGUAAUAAAUCUAAUGCAAUUUUAAGAUUUUGCAUUAUUAAUGAAACAUCUUAUGCCUCAUUCUAUAAAUAAGAAGUAAAAUUCUUCAGAAUUAUUUACUUAUUUUAUUAUCUAUCUUAUAGAAGUUUAUCCAAAAUGUACAAGUGAAAUUUUAUAUAAAGUUCAUAUUGAAAGUAAUUUAUUCAACAAAGAUAGUUUUAAUUCAUUUCUAUAAGCAAUAUAUCCUAUAAUUAUAUAAUUUUAUGCUUUAAAAUAAGUGUAAUAAUUUUAAGGUUAAGAAGAUGAGAGAAAAUUAAUAAGUAUUAUAACAGCAUAUUUACAUAUUGAAUAAUGUUUUGGAGAGAUAUCAGAUUUAGAAUUUGUUAAUUGGAAUCUAUAUUCUUAGAUAAUGGAUAAAGGAAUUGAUCUCUUUAAUUAUUUAGACAUAUUAUUUUAUGAUCUUAAUUUCUAUAUGCCAUGUGUUGAAGAUUAUUUUAAUUGGGAUAAUAUAAGAUAAGAUUUUGAGAAAUAAAGAAAACAAUGUAAUAGAAUUCUACCUAAUGGUGGCAUAAAAAGAUUAAUGAGAUAAUUGAUUGCUCCUUAUGUUAAAAUUCCAUAAAUGAAAAAACCAAUAAAAAAUUAUUUAUCUAUUAACAAAAAAAAUUCAGAAGAGGGGAAAAUUGAUUAAUAAAGUUGUAUAAGAAUAAAGAAAUAUAUAGAUCAAGAAUUCUCAGCUCCUUUUUUGUAAACUAAAAAAAUCUUAAAAAGAAAUUUAAAUUAGUUAUUUUAAGAUGCUGGAAUAUCAAGAAGUAAUUAAAAAGAAUAUAGAGAAAAGAAAUCAAGAAUAAUACAUCAUUCUAAAUUAUAUUAAUCCUUAAUUUAUUAUUCUCUUUCCUAAGAUAGUACACUUGAUGAAACAUAAAUUAAAAAGUAAAUAUUAUUAUUUUAAUAUAGUUUACAAGAAAUAUUUGGAAAGUAUUAAUUGACUAAACUUUGUGAUUGGAAAAAUGUGAAUCAUAAUUCUAUUGAAUGUUUAAUUUAUUAAUAGGAUGCAUCUCAAGAAUAAAUAUUAAUGGCUUUUAAUUAAUUAAAUAAUAUUAAGUUGUAAAAUUUAAGGAAUUAAUAGAAUAUAAAAUAUUUACAAAAUACUUUUGAUUUAUCUUAAAUUGAUCAAAUAAGAGAUGAAACUGCAAAUGCAAUUCAAUAAAGUAUAUUCUUAGAUUUUUAAAUGUAUUAUUAAUUUGUUCAUAAACUAUGGUUGUUAUUUCCUAAAAUUGUUGAUCCUUAUGAAAUGCCAAAGACAUAAAGUAAUUUAUCAGCUCAUCGUUAAUCAUCAUUUUCUGAAAUGAGUAUACCUAUAUUUAGAGAUUCUUAAAAGAAAUAUUGGGAAAGAGAGAGUUUAGAUUUAAAAUAAAGACAAGGAUUAUGGUUUUUUGUUGAUGAUUAUCUCUAAGUUCUUUAUUAAGAAUUAAAUAAUUUUAUUACACAUCAAGAAUUUAAAUUUGAAAUUUUGGAAAAUAUGUAAAUGAAAAUGUAAGUUUGUCAUUUAGAAGAUAUCAUUAGAAGAAGGCCACAUUUAACUUAAAUAAAAAUGAAAAACUUUUAUAAACCAUAUUUAAAGACUAAUAAUUAAACCAGAAAGAAAUUAACUACUUUAGAAGAAUCAAGCAGCAUAGAUAAGAGUAAAUCAAAUAUUAAUACAUCUUUUACUAUAUUAUUAUAAAAAUCAGAUAACAUAGAAGAAUCAUUAAGUCAAAGUUUAAUUAAAAGAGCUAAAAGAAGAUCAUCAAUUAGAUCAGAAUAACUUAUAUCAAAUUAAAAUAAUUUAACUAUGACUAGUUUUAGAAAAGGAUCAUCAGAUAGUAAUCAAUUAGUGACUACUAAAUAUUUUUGUGAAUAUAUAACUUAAGAAGCAGCUUAUUAAGGAAUAUUGAGAUUUAAUGAAAAGAAUUAAUCUCUUAUAUUCAAAUCGGAAAAAAUUGAUUUCAAAGAAUUAUUUACUAGUCCAGAAGUUAAAUAAACUACUGAAGAAAUAUUCCUAGAAAUAUCUCUUACUUAGAUAAUUAGUGUGCAUCCGAAGAGAUUUUUAUUAAAUGAAAUUGCACUUGAGAUAUUUAUUCAUAGAUAGAAUUUCUUUUUUAAUUUAUUUAGAAAUGAAAAACUAUAAGAAUUUGUAUAAGAAUUAAAAAGAAAGAAAGUCUAAGUAAUUGAUCCCAUAGAAGAAUUUAAGAAAAGGAAUUAUUAAUAAAAUUGGGUUGGAGGAUAAUUAUCUAAUUUUCAAUAUUUAAUGCUUGUUAAUACUUUUUCAGGAAGAACCUAUAAUGAUCUAAGUUAAUAUUUCAUAUUUCCUUGGGUUAUUUCAAACUAUAAAUCAUAAUAAAUUGAUUUUGCAUGGAGAAAAUAAUCAAAUAUAUUUAGAAAUCUUAAAUUACCAAUGGGUGCAAUCUCAAGAAAAACUGACGAAAUCUUAAAAGAUUAUAAGGAAAGAGAUUUGGAUUGUAUUGAUGAAAACUUCAUGUAUGGAUCCCAUUACUCAAAUGCUGCAAUUGUUUUCAAUUAUUUAAUAAGAUUAGAGCCUUUUAAUGAGUUACAUUUCUCAUUAUAAAAAAGUAAAUUAAAAUCUUUAUUUUUAUUAGAUAAAUUUGAUGUAGCAGAUCGUUUAUUUUCUAAAAUAGACAUUCUAUGGGAAAAUAGUAUAAAAUAAGAUAAUAAAGAGUUAAUUCCAGAAUUUUAUUAUAUGCCUGAAUUUUUAAAGAACAUGUAUAUUUAAAUUGAUAUUUUUUAAGAAAUUUCUUUGAUUUUGGAACAUUGUAAUCAUAAUCACGAGUUACUGAUGUAGAAUUACCAAAGUGGGUAAAAACAUAGACAGCUGAAGAAUUUGUUUAUAGAAUGAGAUAAGCAUUAGAAAGUGAUGCAGUAUCUAGUUAAUUGAAUUAUUGGAUUGAUCUGAUAUUUGGAAUUAAUAAUAAUGGAUAAAAUGCAGUAGAAAAUGUUAAUGUAUUUCAUUAUCUGACUUAUGAAUAAAAUCUACAAAUGAUUUUAAAAAAGAAUGAUGAUCAUUCAACUAUUCAAUCAUAUUUAACUUAAGUGUAUUAUUUUGGUUAAACACCAAAACAAUUAUUUCAGAAGGCUCAUUAGAAAAGGAAAUAUAGUUUAUAGUUAUAUAUAAAUUAGAUUCCCUUUUUUGGUGAUAAUCCUGAUAAAAACAAUAAGGGUGUUAUCUUUUAAUAAAAGGCAGAAUAAAAUAAAAUAGACAAAUCAUAAAUACUAGGAUUUUAUCCAUAUUCAAAGAAAUGCAUAUAUAUUUUAAAGGUAGAUGAUGAGAAAUAUAAUCAUCUAACAUUAUUGGAGACUAAACAUUAAGAGGAUUAAGGAUAUUAUUAUUAUCAUUGUAUAACUAAAUAAUUAGUGAAAUUACCAGAGAUAAAAGUAGAUGGAUGUAAUCCUUAGAAUAUGUUUACUUUCAUUUAUGAAUAAGAGUAUUAAUUUGGAGAUGGAUAUGAUUCUUAAUAUUAUAGUAUUUUUGAAGAGAGAUUAAAUUACAAUUUAUAUUUUUGUUUGGUAGGAUUUUUAGAUAAAAGUGUAAAAAUAUAUGACUUAAGGAAUAAGAUGUAAGAAUUGAAAAUAGAUGUUUCUUUUUAAAAUGUAAAGAGAUAAAAAAGAGCAUCAUGUGUUAGAUACCAUGCUGUAUCAAAGAUUUUAGCUAUUGGAUCAUUAGAUGGCUUACUUUAAUUAUAUUAACUCCAAUUCGGCUAAUAAAUGUAAGCAAAAGGAGUCCUCACAAAAUAAUUAAGGAAUGGAAUUUUAAGUAUUGAUUUAACAGAUUUAAACAUAUUAACAGUAGACUAAAAGAAUGUAGCAAAUUUAUUUACUUUAGAAGGAGAGUAAUAUUUAUUAUUAAUAUUUUAAAGUUUAUUACAAACAAUUUAAUUGGAUAAUUCUGAUAAGAUUUUUUAAUGUUGCAUCUAGAUUCAAUUUCUUGUAUUUAAGAGUGCAAAUUCUUAAAUUUCAAUAUAUACAGUAAAUGGGAAAUAGUAUUUACAGACUAUGUAAUUAAUGGAUAAGGCUUCAAAGAAUAUACUGUUUACAACUCCCUUUUCAUCUAAAUUUGUAUAAUUAUAUAUUGAUUAUAAUAGUUAUUAUAUUCGUUGAAUCAAUAAGGAGAAGAAAACUUGCCUAAGUUUGAUCCUAUCAUUUAUUGUUAUGACAUAUUUGAAUUGAAAUUACAAUAAUAAUAAUUAGGAAUUUUGAAAUCUGAUAAAAUAUUGGUCAAAAAGGGAAGCUAAAAAGGAAGUGGAAUAUCAGCUCUUCAUAUAAGUUUUGAUAGAUGUCUAAUUACAGAUUAGAAUGAAAUUAAACACAUUUAUUUGAUUGCUAUAGAUAAUCAAAUCUUUUUUUAUAUGGAUGAAUAAUAUGGUAUGAUAUAAUUCUAUAUAAAUAGAUUAAAAACUGAUACUAAGAUAAAAAUUGAAGGAAGGAGGACUCUCUAUUAUUUGA